UUCACAUUUAUCCUUUAUCCUCCUCGUCCUCUUCUUCGUCAUAUCCCCUUUGCUUAAACCCAGAACCUCAAACUAUGUUACAAUCUCUUCACCUUCGUUUUCACUCCUCCCCAUCACCUUUUAGAAGAGAGUCUCUGACUCCAUCGAUUACCUCCUCAUCUCCUUUCUCCUUUUGCUCGUUCCGACCGAAGCAAACCCAGAAACCGAACCGGCUAGUUCAAUUCUGCGCCCCGUACGAGGUCGGAGGCGGAUACACCGACGAGGAGCUCUUCGAAAGAUACGGAACCCAUCAGAGUAAAACCAACGUCGAAGACAAGCCAGAUGCGUCUGAGUACGAGGCUCUCCUUAAAGGAGGCGAACAAGUAACUUCUGUUCUCGAAGAGAUGAUAACCCUCCUGCAAGACAUGAAGAUGAAUGAAGCAUCUGAGAAUGUUGCUGUUGAAUUGGCUGCACAAGGAGUUAUAGGGAAAAGAGUUGAUGAGAUGGAGUCAGGGUUUAUGAUGGCUCUUGAUUACAUGAUUCAACUUGCAGACAAAGACCAAGACGACAAGAGGAAGUCUUUGCUAGAGGUUGUCAAGGAGACAGUCUUAUCUCAUCUCACUAAAAAAUGUCCUCCUCAUGUCCAAGUGAUUGGUUUACUAUGUAGAACACCUAAAAAGGAGAGUAGGCAAGAGCUGCUGCGUAGGGUGGCUGCAGGUGGUGGGGCUUUUGAAGGCAAGGACGGUACUAAACUUCAUUUACCCGGAGCUAACCUGAAUGACAUAGCUAAUCAAGCUGAUGACUUGCUAGAGACUAUGGAGACGAGGCCAGUUGUUCCUGAUAGGAAACUACUAGCGAGGCUUGUUUUGAUCAGAGAGGAAGCGAGGAACAUGAUGGGAGGUGGUAUACUUGAUGAGAGAAAUGACCGUGGUUUCAACACUCUGCCUGAAUCAGAGGUGAAUUUCUUAACCAAAUUGGUAGCUCUCAAACCAGGAAAGACAGUGCAGCAGAUGAUCAAGAAUGUAAUGCAAGGGAAAGAUGAAGGUGCAGAUGAUCUUAGCAAUGAAGAGGAUGAUUCUACCCAAGGAAGAAGACAAAGUGGAUUAAAGGGAAGGGGAAGCUUUACAGGCAAAAAACCGUUACCAGUAAGGCCAGGAAUGUUUCUAGAGACUGUCACAAAGGUAAUGGGCAGCAUAUACUCGGGUAGUGCAUCCGGUAUCACUGCACAACAUCUAGAAUGGGUACACGAGAAGACGCUCCAAGUUCUUGAAGAAAUUGCGUAUUAGCUAGUAGUAGUAUCUUCAUUGUUACCAGCAAGGAAAGUAGAUGUUGUGUCCGUUCAUAGAUGUUGUUCACUAUAUAAUAAUUGUAACUUGGUUGGUUGAUAUGACAAAUGUUGUGCACAUCUCCAUUUUUGUUACAUCAUCACCAAGAUGCAUUAAC